AUGCGGCGCGACAAUCUGUUUCUCCCCCUUGAACAUGGUGGUCUAGGAUUAGUACACCUCUUCGUCAGGCAAAUUGUUUCUCGCCUGUUUUUCUUUCGAGACAGUGACCAUCCGUUCUUGCGUGAAAUGUUGCAACUGCGUUUAGUUCAUUAUGUUCCUAACAUAGUAGUGUCAUCAAAUGUCAAAGAUGUCCCACAGGCUCCUUGGGGCUUUCUCAAGGAGGUUGUUGACACAUUUCUUUUCUUGAAAAUUAGAUUCAGCCUUGAGUACGUGUUCACAGCGAGUCGAAAAGAAAUUUCUGCGGCACUGGUUGACUCUAUUUUCCCAGAUCCUUUGUAUCGUGCACCUUAUUUAAACCGACCUUAUCAGGAUGUACUUAAACGCGUCCGAAAAAUGUGUGUGCCUCCUGGAGUAAAAACAUUUUUCUUUAAAUUACAUUCGGAAACACUCCCUGUUAAAAGUUGGCUGAAUUCGAGGGGUUGCUUUGUGCCGUGGUCAACAAACUGUCGGCUCUGUCCACGUGCCGAAACCAUAGAUCACUGUUUCAUAGACUGUAGGGACGCUGUAUUUUUUUGGGACAUUCUCCAACGGACGCUUAAAAAGGACAUUGACAUGACUCCAUACUCAAUUAGGUUUCUACCGUUUAAGGUUAGAGGUGGUCCUCCCUAUGACAUGUUCAUUGUACUUGGUUUAUACAGCCUGUGGAGAAGUAGACUCUGUGAUCGCCAUGCCGAAAGCCCGCGAACUACAAAAUCCUUCUUUCGCGAAACUGCUGCGUAUGUAAGAAGUGUGUACGCUGUGCAGGAACCUCCGCCAGACUGGAUGCACUUGUUGGAUGCAUGUGUGUGUUUGCCUGAGUUUUAAGUGUGUAGUUGUGUCCGCUUUGUUAUACACCUUCAGUUUUCUUUUCCAUGUAAUAAAGAAAAAAAAAAAAGAACUGAUGGCGGACUGGUAGC